CAAUCAGCCAGCGAGGGGCGUGGUUUUCCACGGUCAGCGCGGAGGUGGGCGGGGUUGUACAGCACGUCUGAUAAUGUUGGGAAGAAAAAUACCUGGGUCAGGUGUGCUGAGCGCAGCUGCAGGAAUGGACCGGGGAAGGUCAGGAGAGAGGCUGCACGCAGCGCUGGCUGGACUGCAGGAGCUGCAUUUCCUCCGGGACAAACAGAGUGCCAUGGUGCACUGGGCUCUGACGCUGAACAGAGAGGACACCAAGACAUCAAAACAAGAGAACGUGAGCACAGAGGAACUGAGAAUGGAGGCAACACUUACUCUACUCAAACAACAGCUGACACGUCUGCACAAACAGGAUGUGGGAUUGAAGACUCAUCUCCAGCAGCUAGAUCAACAGAUAAAUGACCUGAAACUGGAUGUGUGUAAAGCAUCCACUGAACACCUAGAGAGUGACAGCAGACCCAGUUCAGGGUUCUAUGAGCUCAGUGAUGGUGGUUCAGGCUCAUUGUCCAAUUCAUGCACCUCCGUCUACAGCGAGAGUCUCUCCUCCUCAUCUCAAACCAGUCUGCUUCCUCAUCUCCCCACCUUAUAUAUGCCACAUGGUCGUAUUGGUUCCGGACAGACUGGUGUGUCCCGUCGUUGUUCUGCUGAUGAGAGCACUGCCCAGACCGAUGCGCCACGAUCAGGAGUGAAGCUCGGUAGCAGCUGUAUACGAACAACAUCAGCUCGAGCUGAAAGAGCAAGACAAAGACCUGUUUCCACAGGGGACCUUGACCGAAUGAUUGCACCUGGUUUUGGCUGCUUCAAAUCCACUGAUGUGAAGAGCUCCACCCCUUGUGGUAGCCUCCAAAACCCCUCAGUAGACCCCAAAUACCAGAGUAACCUGGUAUCUAGCAAUGGGACAGAAGUUUACUGUUAUCCCAGUCCACUGCAUGCUGUGGCCUUACAAAGCCCCAUCUUCAGUUGCACCACUGAUCAGGGAAAUCCAGUAGCACUUGAUGGAAUGUCUGGAGUGGGUCUUAAAGAGGAAACCCAAAACCCAAACAAAGGGUCCACAAAUUCCAGGACUGCUGGAUACAUCAACAAGCUAUUACAGCGAAGCUCCAGUAAGAUAAACCUGUUAAGCAUAAAAAGAAAUGACACUGUUAGUACACAGGAGCAAAGACCCAGAUCACAAGAAAUGUCCUAUGGACAGCUGAAUGGUCCUCAACUGCUGGGAUCCCUUCAGCAAAUAUCAAUGCCCUUAGAAAAUGCACUGGAGACUGGAAAAACAUCUUCAUCACUAAACAGCAAUCAGCAGCAGAGGAAUGCACCUGGUCUGGAGCCCAAUUCCGAAGCAACUGAGGUCAAGACAUUGUGCCAUGGCACACACGCAACACCUUCCAUGGAUCUCCAAAAUAAUUACUUUCCCAUAAAGAAUGCCUCAAGCAAGGCUGGUACUGAGUCUGAGAAUGGACUCUCAGGCAAAGGGAGUGGACAGUUUUCCAAGGACCCAUCUAUGGUCCCAAAGCCAGUAGAGAGGAGAUCAAGUUUUACCUUCAGAAGGGAAGACGGUAGAGCUUCUUUUGGUGAUAAAGGCGGCGCACCUCAAUCAGAAUUUGUCCAUGCACAGUUUGUUCCGGCAGGGUCUCAGAGGGUGAAAGUGCAUCAGGCAGACAAGAAAACGAAAUCUGUAAAACUUAGAAAGAAGAGCUCUGAGAAGCCUUCAACAAAGAAACAGCAGCAUAAACACUUGUCUCGGGAGUUCUGCACCAAAACCCGAGCUGACAUAAAACAGUCCAGCUCAUGCAAAGGGAGAGUAACAAAUCUGGAAGAGUCCCAGAUGAACUCUUGCUCAGAUUGCAGUUGUAAUGGACUUUUCAACUCGCAUUGCAUCCAGAACAACCCUCACCUUCAACAAAGCCAAACCUCCAAGUCCACCAAGUCCCGUAAAGCCCCAGAACCUGUGAACCUUCCUUUAGACCAAGCCAAAAAGAAACAAAGUUCUCGGAAAUGGCCUUCCUCCUCUGAGAUCCCUUUGCCCCCAGCUCUCCAAACCCAGAGAUCCAAAGAGGUGUUAAACUCUCGAAAGGGGGCCAUGGUAAGGAGUGUUACUGCCAGGCCUCGCUCAGGUCAGUGGGGUUGUCCUCCACGGGCCCUUCCCCACUCACUUUCCACCUCCUCUUACUUCAGUUACUUGGAAUCUAGAUAUCCAGCAGCUCCAAUUUCUAGCCGCUACCCUCCUCGUUGUGAGUCAGAGUUUUCGGAGUACUCUGCAGAGUGUGCAUCACUCUUUCACUCUACUAUCGCAGCAAGCAGUGAUGGAGAGAUGAGCGACUACACCACAAACCGUUUUGGAGACAGCGAGUCCAGUCAGGGCUCUCAUACAGCCUCAGACUCGGACAGCAGUCUCUCGUUGGAUGAGGAGGACCUGUUGGAGGAAGAAGAGGAAGAUGAAGGUGGUUUAGUGUGGGCUCAGGCUGCUAUGGGGACCACGGCAGCGGGAUUUUCUCUUCAGCAACACCAUCGCCCAGAGCCAGCAGCCUGUCGCAUCAAAGCUUCCAGAGCACUGAAGAAGAAGAUCCGCCGCUUUCAGCCAGCGUCACUCAAGGUUAUGACUUUGGUGUAGCUUCACUAAAGCUUAGAAUGGAUCCUGUUAAGUAAACCUUUAGCUUUACCUGAAAUUUGGGACUCACAUGGAGCCAUUCUUGACAAACUUGGACUGGUCAUGGUUUACUUGCACUUGUGAGCCAAGCAAACUCGUAAGAGUAUUUGGAGACUUCUAAUCCAAAAAUGGCCAAACCCGAUCACUGAUCUCCACCCAACUUUACCUUGAACAUGACAGUGAUAGUUUCAUACACUGACAUGGCGACUUUGGACUUCUCAACAACACCAACAACUGUUGAUUUGUAUAAAAACUUUUAUACCAGGGCUGGUCAACGUCGGUCCUGGACAGCCACAGUUUUGUGGAGUUUUGCCUUGGUUAAAACUUGCCUAUAGCUUUCUAGUAACUCUUAGAACUUGUUUAGCUUAUUCAGGUGUGAUUGAUUAGGGUUGGAGCUGAACUCUGCAGGACUGUGGAUCUCCAGAACCGACGUUCGCCAUUCGUACUAUAUAUUGUAAAUAAGGUCUUUGAAUAUCUUUGCAAAAUUACUUAAAAUCAAAACCAUUGUGUAAAAUUAAAACUGCUUUGGGAAGAAAACUGUACUUGAUGUAACUCAAUAAAUUUGCU